AACCAUGGCCAACACAGUCCGCGUCGCUGCCGCUCAGAUGACUUCGAUCAACGACGUCGCCGCAAACUUCGCCACCUGCUCUCGCCUCGUUAGAGAAGCAGCUUCAGCUGGGGCGAAAUUGAUUUGUUUUCCAGAAAAUUUUUCAUAUGUUGGUGACCUAGCUGGAGACAGUUUGAAGGUUGCUCAACCAUUAGAUGGACCAAUUAUGAAGGAGUAUUGUUCUCUUGCAAGGGAUUCAAAUAUGUGGCUGUCUCUUGGAGGAUUCCAAGAAAAAGGACCUGAUGAUGCACAUCUAUGCAAUGCUCAUGUUUUAAUUGAUGAUGCUGGGACUAUCAGAAGUGUAUUCCGGAAGAUGCACCUAUUUGACGUGGAUGUCCCUGGAAGUGCAGUUUACAAGGAGAGCUGCUUUACAGAAGCUGGGAAGGAGAUUGUUACAGUAGAUAGCCCCUUUGGACAUUUAGGUCUGACAGUGUGUUAUGAUUUGAGAUUUCCGGAGCUUUAUCAGCAGUUGAGGUUCCACCAUAAUGCACAGGUCUUACUGGUACCUGCUGCUUUUACAAAACCAACAGGUCAAGCACACUGGGAGAUUCUUCUUCGUGCUCGUGCAAUUGAAACUCAAUGUUAUGUCAUAGCUGCUGCGCAAGCUGGAAAGCAUAAUGACAAAAGAGAAAGCUAUGGUGACACCUUGAUAAUUGAUCCAUGGGGAACAAUAGUUGGGGGGCGGUUGCCGGAUCGUUUGUCAACUGGCAUUGCUGUUGCAGAUAUUGACUUCUCUUUCAUUGAUUCAGUUAGAGCAAAAAUGCCCAUAUGCCAGCAUCGGAAGCCCAUUGAGUUCUGGAAAUCUGCCUCUCUGUAGGUGAGACGCAACCGUUCUAAGCAUACACUGAACUUGCACAGGCUUUGGUCCAUUUGUAAUGCUCGUAACGGGAUGCAAUUGUGCAACUGCAUUGUUAGGAAGUUCAUGAAGCCUUCUCCGAUUCAUUGUCUUUCUGCUUGUUUACUGUUACCACAACCUUUGUACCAUCUGUGAUCAUAAUGGUCUCUCUCUCUCUCUUCUCUCUCUCUGUGCAUGCGUGCAUAGACAUCCACUCGGCAUGCGCAGCACUGCAGUCUUGUAUUAGGAGGAGAGAUAGCAGGAGGGAGAAAUCCGGAACUUGUUAUUUUGUACUUAAAAAAGCAAACUUGUUAGAGGUCCAAUGCUUUGAUUUACUCGUUACUAUUU